AUGCGGCGCUACCCCUCCCUCCCCGUGGCGCCUGGCAGCAGCAGCAGCGGGCCGCUGGACGCUAGGAACGUGUGUAGCACACAGUACGAUCAAUUUCGGUCUAACAGUCAAUUUCGGUCUAACAGUCAAUUUCGGUCUAACAGUCAAUUUCGGUCUAACAGUCAAUAUCGGUCUAACAGUCAAUUUCGGUCUAACAGUCAAUUUCGGUCUAACAGUCAAUUUCGGUCUAACAGUCAAUUUCGGUCUAACAGUCAAUUUCGGUCUAACAGUCAAUUUCGGUCUAACAGUCAACAUCGGUCUAACAGUCAAUUUCGGUCUAACAGUCAAUUUCGGUCUAACAGUCAACAUCGGUCUAACAGUCAAUUUCGGUCUAACAGUCAACAUCGGUCUAACAGUCAACAUCGGUCUAACAGUCAAUUUCGGUCUAACAGUCAACAUCGGUCUAACAGUCAAUUUCGGUCUAACAGUCAAUUUCGGUCUAACAGUCAACAUCGGUCUAACAGUCAAUUUCGGUCUAACAGUCAAUUUCGGUCUAACAGUCAAUUUCGGUCUAACAGUCAAUUUCGGUCUAACAGUCAAUUUCGGUCUAACAGUCAAUUUCGGUCUAACAGUCAAUUUCGGUCUAACAGUCAACAUCGGUCUAACAGUCAAUUUCGGUCUAACAGUCAAUUUCGGUCUAACAGUCAAUUUCGGUCGAACAGUCAAUUUCGGUCGAACAGUCAAUUUCGGUCUAACAGUCAACAUCGGUCUAACAGUCAACAUCAGUCUAACAGUCAAUUUCGGUCGAACAGUCAAUUUCGGUCGAACAGUCAAUUUCGGUCUAACAGUCAACAUCGGUCUAACAGUCAAUUUCGGUCCAACAAUCAAUUUCGGUCUAACAGUCAAUUUCAAUCCAACAGUCAAUUUCGGUCCAACAGUCAAUAUCGGUCUAACAGUCAACAUCGGUCUAACAGUCAAUUUCGGUCCAACAAUCAAUUUCGGUCUAACAGUCAAUAUCGGUCUAACAGUCAACAUCGGUCUAACAGUCAAUUUCGGUCCAACAAUCAAUUUCGGUCCAACAGUCAAUAUCGGUCUAACAGUCAACAUCGGUCUAACAGUCAAUUUCAAUCCAACAGUCAAUUUCGGUCUAACAGUCAAUAUCGGUCUAACAGUCAAUUUCAAUCUAACAGUCAAUUUCGGUCUAACAGUCAAUUUCAAUCCAACAGUCAAUUUCGGUCUAACAGUCAAUUUCGGUCUAACAGUCAAUUUCAAUCUAACAGUCAAUUUCGGUCUAACAGUCAAUUUCAAUCUAACAGUCAAUUUCGGUCUAACAGUCAAUUUCAAUCUAACAGUCAAUUUCGGUCUAACAGUCAAUUUCAAUCUAACAGCAGCCACGAGCGCCACACACCCUUCAUCCUCACCCCCGGGCAGGUAGCGGCAGCCACCCCAGCCUCCCCGUCCCCUACCUCCCUCUGCCUUAAAUAA